AUGAAAAAAUAUAGCCUUUCCAGUGGUAUUAUCGAGGAUGUUUUGGAAUUAUCUAAAAAGAGAGAAAGAGAGUUGCCUAAAUAUAAUAAUUGUUUUAAUAAUAUUUCAUCUAAUUCAAACCUCCAUAAAAAUGAGGAAUUAAUAAAAUUAAGUAUAUUUAAUGUCAAUAAAGAUAAAUUUCACAAUUUAUUAAAUAAUACGCAUUAUUUGAAAAAUUGCUUUUUCAAAAACUAUUUUUAUGAAUGCGUUAAAACAUACAUAUAUUUGAAUAAUCAAUACUGUUUUGAUGAAAAAACAGGCAUUUCUAAUAACAAAGGCGGAUGCCAAAUUUUAAGUAUGUUUAGAGAUUCAUACUCAUCUUUCCUUCAAGAUGCAGAAAGGAAAGGCUAUGAAUUACCAAAUUUAUUAUCUUCUGAAUUAUAUGAUGCUGUUUCAUGUACGUUAGAAGAAAGUAAACUAGAAUCACAUCCUAUAGCUUCUAAUAAUUCAUAUAAGUCUAUACCAUAUAGUGUUUCCACGGCAAUUGGUACAAUGUCUGCUAUACCUCCCAUUUUAUCGUUAAUAUAUAAGUUUACCCCUGCCGGAAUCUGGUUUCGGUCAAAAAUUAAAAAAAGAACAAAGAUUUUAGACAAUACAUAUGAACAAAUAGAAAAUGAAUUAUUUUAUCCUUCACAUAAAAAUGCAAUUAUAAAUUCUAGCAAUUCAAGAUAUAAUGUUGCUUAUGGACGAGUGUGA